AUGUUCGGAAUCCGCACUCCUGCUAAGAGACCAAAUGAGUUAGAUAGGGAAAGUUCGCCAAAUGAAAGAGCAAUGGCAGGUCCAUCUCGCGUUAGACGCAGCAUUGGCGAAUGGGAGGCGGAAAAUCAAGACCUGGACCCAGGAGCCCAAAAUAAGAAAACAAAUCAGGCACAGACUCGGAAUGAGAUCUUAGAAAACGUCACUAACAGAAAGGAUGCAUACAAAGCGGGGGAAAGUGGUUUGCAAGAAGUGAUAUGUGCGAUGAGUGGGCGGCAAAAAUGGCAGCAAAAUAAAGAAAGGGCAUGGAGCUUUACUGAGGUCUCAAUCUCCACGCGAGCGGCACAAGUAAGCACCAUUAUACUCAAUCUCUGGGAUGAUGGGGAAUACUCCAAAACUUGGAGAGGGAUGAGUACUGAGACAAAAGACAAGUCGGUGGAUCAAAUGCUGCAAGCAGGGAAUUUAGAUCAAAGCGGCAUA